UUUUAUCACAACAAAUUUUGUUUAUUCAAAACACGAUGCCCAUCUCUAAUCCAGGAUUCCUUUUUUUGGACAGAUUGUUCAAUAAAACCCAAACAGAAAUUGAUUUGACAUCGGACACUGGUAAACUACAUUUGUAUGUUAAAGAAGAUGACAACGAAGGUGGCGGAGAAGCUGUUACAGACUUCUUUAAACAAUUCUCUGAAAGUUCCAAAGAAGAAGAGAAAAAACAAUCAAAUGAAGAGGUUCUAGAACCUGAUGACUUAGCAGACAGUUCCAACGAAGCAUUUGAUAAUGUUCCUGAAAGCAAAGAUUCUGAGGAAGAAGAUGCAAAAGAAAGAUCACUAAACGAAGCAUUUGAUAAGAAAUCUAAAAGUAAAGAUUCUAAUGAAGAAGAUGCAAAAGAAAGAUCACUAAACGAAGCAUUGGCUGAUAAAUCGGAUAGUAAAGAUUCUAAUGAAGAAGAUGCAAAAGAAAGAUCACUAAACGAAGCAUUGGCUGAUAAAUCUGAAAGUAAAGAUACUGAUGAAGAAGAUACAAAAGAAAGCUCACUAAACAAAGCAUUUGAUGAUAAAUCUGACAGUAAAGAUAAUAACGAAGAUACUGCACAAGAAAGAUCCCUAAAUGAAGCAUUUGAUGAUAAAUCGGAAAGUAAAGAUAAUAACGAAGAUACUGCACAAGAAAGAUCCCUAAAUGAAGCAUUUGAUGAUAGAUCGGAAAGUAAAGAUACUGAUGAAGAAGAUACUGCACAAGAAAGAUCCCUAAAUGAAGCAUUUGAUGAAAAAUCUGAAAGUAAAGAUAAUAACGAAGAUACUGCACAAGAGAGAUCCCUAAACAAAGCAUUUGAUGAUAAAUCGGAAAGUAAAGAUAAUAACGAAGAUACUGCACAAGAAAGAUCCCUAAAUAAAGCAUUUGAUGAUAAAUCGGAAAGUAAAGAUACUGAUGAAGAAGAUACUGCACAAGAAAGAUCCCUAAAUGAAGCAUUUGAUGAAAAAUCUGAAAGUAAAGAUAAUAACGAAGAUACUGCACAAGAAAGAUCCCUAAAUGAAGCAUUUGAUGAUAAAUCGGAAAGUAAAGAUACUGAUGAAGAUACUGCACAAGAAAGAUCACUAAACGGAGAAAAUUUUGAAUUUGAAAUUGUAAAACCAGAGGAAAAAG